AUGGAAUGGUGCUCCCUUCUCAAUGGAAAAGUUUCGAGAACCAGCACUUUGAUUAUCAAAAUAGAUGGAAAAGACAGCGUAAAAGGAUGGACCGAAAGAGCUAAAGGAUGGGCUAUUCUGAUGAGCAAAAAACUGGAAUGUGCAGAAAAGACUCCGAAAAAUCUUGAAAAAUCUUCUCAAGAUUUGAGUGAUUUUAAAAAAGCUCUUGCCUUGCGGGACAGUCAAGAGAGCACGAAUUCCACUGUCGUUUCAUCUGAUAUCAUGGAAGAAAUGCGACGAUUUCCUCCCUCGCUUCCCGAAUACGAAAAAUUCGAAAAGGUGAUGAAGCAAGACAAGGUUCCGGAAAAUCAAUGGAGGUAUCAUUUUUGGGUGAUGAACAAUUUGAAGUUUCCCAUGCUCGCGAAACUUGGACGAUUGCUUUUUCGUGGAUCGGUUUGUUCAAGCAGCUGCCAAGAGCGUGUCUUUGCCCGUUGCUCAAAAUUUUAUUCUUCGGACAGGGAGUCACUGAAAACAAAAACGGUUGAAACAUUUCUUCAAUUUGGUUAUGGCGAAGAGAUGGAAAAAGUCCUCAAGAGUUUAAAAAAAUAA